AUGUCUGCUUCUUCUGGUUCCAUCUUCAACUCCUCCAUAUUCAUUCUCACAGGGUUCCCUGGACUGGAACAGUAUUACCCCUGGCUUUCAAUUCCUUUCACUUCCAUCUAUGCUGUUGUUUUCCUGGGAAACUGUAUGGUGCUCCAUGUGAUCCGGACUGAGCCGAGCCUACACCAGCCCAUGUUCUACUUCCUGGCCAUGCUGGCCCUCACGGACCUGUGCAUGGGGCUGUCCACCAUGUGCACAGUGCUGGGGAUCCUGUGGGGGUUCGUGCAAAAUAUCAGCCUGGACUCCUGCAUUGCCCAGUCCUAUUUCAUCCACGGUCUGUCCUUCAUGGAGUCCUCUGUCCUCCUUGCCAUGGCAUUUGACCGUUACAUUGCCAUUUGCAACCCACUACGCUACUCCUCCAUCCUCACUAAUGACAAAAUCAUAAAAAUCGGGGUGACAAUCUUAUGUAGGAGUUCCCUGCUCAUACCUCCAGCCAUCAUCCGCCUGAGGUUCUUCCAUUACUGCCGCCCCCACACCCUCUCCCACUCUUUCUGCCUGCACCAGGACCUGCUCCGGCUGGCCUGCUCUGACAUCCGCUUCAACAGCUUCUAUGCCCUGGCGCUGGUGAUUUGCACCUUGUUGUUGGAUGCUGUCCUUAUCCUCAUCUCCUAUGUUUUCAUCUUGCACACAGUGCUGGCCAUUGCCUCUCGAGAAGAGAGACUCAAGUCUUUGCAGACCUGUGUUUCCCAUAUCUGUGCUGUGUUAGUUUUUUAUAUCCCCAUCAUUGGACUCACCAUGGUACACCGCUUUGGAAAGCACCUGUCACCUUUGGUUCAUGUCCUUAUGGGUAAUGUCUAUAUCCUUUUCCCACCGCUGAUGAAUCCCAUCAUCUACAGUGCAAAAACACAGCAGAUCCGAAGUAGGAUGAAAAAAUGGUUUUCCCUGAAGAUGUAA